AACCCCCCCUGACAUGAUUGAAUGAAAUUGCUACAAGUCACCUGCUUUUUAUUGAAAAAACAUUAAUUUAAAGACUACUGACGGUCAAACUUUGGACAUAUAAUGUCAGGGAUACCUCCAGACACAUGGCAGCCGCCCACAGUUUCUCUUGAAACGACGAUGGGGACAGUUGUGGUGGAGCUUUACUGGAGACAUGCACCAAAGACCUGCAAGAACUUUGCAGAGCUGUCCAGAAGAGGCUACUACAACAACACAAAGUUUCACAGAAUAAUCAAAGAUUUCAUGGUGCAGGGUGGAGACCCUACAGGGACAGGUCGGGGUGGUGCCUCCAUAUUCGGCAAACAGUUUGAAGAUGAACUGAACCCGGAACUGAAAUUCACAGGUGCCGGUAUUCUGGCGAUGGCCAACGCUGGACCGGACACUAAUGGAAGCCAGUUCUUCCUCACUCUUGGUCCCACUCAGUGGUUAGAUGGAAAGCACACUAUUUUUGGAAGAGUGUACCAGGGGAUGGGAGUGCUGAACCGGAUUGGGAUGGUGGAGACCAACGGUCAAGAUCGUCCAAUUGAUGAUAUCAAAAUAGUCCGAACUAGUGUGCCCAAUUAAAUGAAUACUGAUUCUUUUUUUCUUUC